AACGUCUCUUCUCUUAACCCACUUCGAAGUUUUGAGAUUUGAUUAAUAUUUUCAAUUGUAAACUCGGAAUGUUUGUGUUUUGUUAUUUCAAUUUGUUUUAUAAGGAGCAAAGUAUGCAUACGGAUUGACUGCAGUGUAUAAUGGUUUCUUAGAUAUAUGUAAAGAGUAAGUUAUUGUUUAAAAUUAAUGGAGUUAAAGGUCUGGGUUGAGGGAAUACAAAGGAUUGUUUGUGGGGUGACAGAGACUACUACUUGCCAGGAUGUAGUGUUUGCUUUGGCCCAUGCUACUGGAAAAGUGGGAAGAUUUACAUUGAUAGAAAGAUGGAGAAAUAACGAGCGACUUUUAGCCCCACAGGAAUAUCCCUUAAAGAUACUUAUGAAAUGGGGUGAAUAUUCAAAUGAUAUUCAAUUUAUAUUGAGAAGAUCUGAUAACAAUAGCAACAACCAAAAACCUUUACAGCCUACUCAUAAUUCUAGAUCGCCUAUAGGAAAUGGCAAUCAUAAUGUAUCGAAUACGAAUGCAACUGACAAACAAAAUUCACCGAGCAGGGUGAACACAACUCCACUUAACAAUGUAAAUAACACCUCCCCGGGUAACCCUGUUGGUGUGGUGAAGGGAGUACAGCAAGCUAAAUUCCCCGAACCUAACAGUCCACCUCUUAAAGACGUCCCACCUUAUAGAGACCCCCCACCGCCAUAUAGAUCACCCCCACCGCCUUCAACUAUAAGGAAAUCACCAAACCGUACAAUGGGUAGGACGUCCCACAUGUCACCCGUGAACUUACCGGAACGACCUGAGGGGAGCCCUGAAGCCGUUAGCUAUAAUAGCCAAUAUAGGGAAUUGGUAUCACUCGUUAAUUAUCAGCGAGAAAAACUUUCUAGCCAACAAGUAGAUCUUAUUAAGUAUGACGCAGAAAUCGGCUACUGGGAAAAUAAAGGAAGAGAGCAGGAGAGACAAGUAGAGUUAUUACAACAGCAGAUCAAUUCUGCUGAUAAUCAACUUCGUAUUAGUACCGAACAGGUACAAACUCUCAAUUAUGUGGAAGAGGAGAGUGAAAUAGUAAAGCAAAAUGAAAAAACACUUAAAUCGGAAAUAGUGCUGGUGCGGUCAAAACUAGCCAAUUGUGAAACUGAACUUUUACAGUGUAAAAAUAAGAUCCGCAAGCUAAUGGAGGAUAUACACAACGAGCAACGUAUUAUAAAUAGUCGUCAACAAGAAAAUAGACAAGCCUUAGAGAGGUCUAUGUUAACUGAAAUGGAGAACCUACAAACUCAGAUACAACAAGCAAAACAUGCAACUGAAAUUAAUCAUCUUACAGCUGAAAAUUUAAAAAGAGAGGUCGGUGUUUUAGAGAGUGCAAUAAUGGAGAAAAAGCGUCAAGUGGAGCGCUUAGUCCAAGAAAUGAAGGAAGCUAAUCUCCAGAGUUUGACUGGCAGCGUGGAUGAGCUACGACAUCCUCUUGAUGGAUUAUGUAAGGCAGGUAGUGCACGUAGGAUAAUAGGUUCACCGAGGCAGCUUGAAAAUGCUGCACCAACUAAUAAGAAUCCACAUGGCGUGUGGGUGUAA